AUUAAUACCCAGUCCACAUCUGUCCGUUCGUCUUGAACAAAAUCCGGAAGUUUAAGGAAAGGCGAAACAAAAAUUAAGUUAAAACUUAAACCAACUUUACUCUGUGUUGCUGCAACAUUGAACUGUCAUUGUGUUGUGCGUAUACAAUUCACGACUAAAUGGCCGGUAGGCAACAUUUAAAGGACGGGUUUUACCGUGUAGAACUAAACAAAACUGUUUGGGAGGUUCCAAAUCGUUACCAGUUUCUCAGCCCAGUAGGGUCUGGCGCAUACGGACAAGUAUGUUCUGCUGUGGACAAAAAGACAAACCAUAAAGUAGCUAUAAAGAAGUUGUCAAGGCCCUUUCAAUCUGCAAUACAUGCAAAACGUACAUACAGAGAACUACGUAUGUUAAAACAUAUGCAGCAUGAAAAUGUUAUUGGAUUGCUAGAUGUUUUCACGCCAACAGAGACUUUUGAAGAUUUUGAUGAAGUGUACAUGGUGACAGCUUUAAUGGGUGCAGAUAUGAACAAUAUUAUAAAAACACAGAGACUUAGCGAUGAUCAUGUUCAAUUUCUUAUUUAUCAAGUGCUGCGAGCAAUGAAGUAUAUCCAUUCAGCAGGAAAAUUAUUACACAGGGGUAUGUGGCUACACGUUGGUAUCGAGCACCAGAAAUUAAUGCUCAAUUGGAUGCAUUAUAAUCAAACAGUUGAUGUAUGGUCAGUGGGUUGUAUAAUGGCAGAGAUGUUGACUGGUAGACCAUUGUUUCCUGGCACAGAUCACAUAGAUCAGUUAACUAGGAUACUAUCACUGGUGGGCACACCAUCUGACAAUCUCUUAGACAAGAUCAGUAGUACUGAG